CUGUUUAAGCCAUGUCAACCACAACCACAACCACUUCUGCCUGCCUGAAUGGACGCAUUGAGGGGGAAACUUCUAUCAAAAAGCGUUUGCGUAAAAACAUGUAUUUGCUGACGACGUAAAUUGAAUAUGAGUUUAGCUCUGAUAUUCUCAUAGCAAAAGAUGAGGCUUUAUUAUGUUGUGAGACUACUGCAUUUUCGAGUAUGUAAAUUUUUAGUUUAACUGAAAUUAAUAGAAUUAGAUAAAGCUCUUCUUAGGCAAAUGUUCAGAUUGCUUUUAUAUUAUACAUGUGACUGUUUUUUGGCAACACAAAGUUCCAAAGUAAAAACAGAUCGUUCUAUAGCAUUUUUCGUAAGGGAGACCAGUCGACUCGUUUUCUUGCGAUCUUCACAGUCUGAUGCAUUCCCGGUAACACAGAUCUAAAACUGUCAGUGUAUAGUUUUCGAACAGCCACGAACGGAGUACAUCAAAUGCGCUCAAUGAAUGUUAACCAUCGAAUGAAAUGUAAUUGAUUUCAUUGCGAUCAAGAAAAAUGGCUUCCGACCAAGAAUGGGUGAAUGAGCAGCUGUUCGAGGUCCUCGGAAUGAGCGACCGUCUUAUUGGACAAUUUAUUCUGUCCCUCGCAAAGAAAAGCACAGACUCGGAAAUGCUACUGGACAAGAUUCGCUCCACCGGGGCUGUCGAGGUCGACUCAAUGAGGAUGCGAAAAUUCGCAAGCGAUUUAAUGGCACGUCUCCCAAGUAAAUCGACAGCACCAUCUGCUGCGAGGCUUCACGAGGCGGCCAUGAAAGAGGUGUAUCAACGCAACCGGCAAUACAAAUUGGUCGAGAGCAGUGACGAAGAUGAAAACGAAGCCAUUAAAGUCGUUCCCAGAGUUUCGAACAAAGAUAGGCAGAAAUCAAAUAAGAAAAAAGCUAAAAAGGACAAAAGGAAACAAAAGACCUCCUCAUCCGAAGAACAGGAUUAUGAUGACAAGGAGCGGCUCCGAGAUAUUGAAGACCGGGACGCGUUUGCUAGACGACUUCAAGAAAAGGAUAAAGCAAAAACUCGAAAUAUGGCGUCGUCGAGUGAGCAACGCGCAUACGAAAAAGCCGCUAAAAGACUUAAACUAGAACAGGAGGAUCGGUCUUCGAUAAUCCCUAAACUUCGUCAAGAAUCUCGGCGCGCUUACCUUAUGAAGAGGAAGGAAGACAAAUUGAUCGAGCUGGAACAGGACAUUCAGGACGAUGAGUAUCUCUUUGGCGACCAGGAGCUUACUAACCGUGAGAAACGAGAGCUAGAAAAGAAGAAACAACUUCUCGAAAUUGCAAAGGCACACGAGAAGGCAAAGGAUCUUGAACGGGUGUCCAGGUACGUGAUGCCGGACGAACAUAAGAUGGACACCUACGUUGAGGUGGACGCUAAAGAGAAGGCACCGAACUCAGAACAGAUGAAAUGGGAAGAGGAGAAACUAGCUCAGGCGACGUUACGAUACGGCGCCAAGACCAAGCAGAAGCGGAAAGAUGAAAAGAAGUAUGAGCUAGUCAUUGAGGACGCCAUUGAGUUUACAAAGGCUUUCACGGAAACUGGCGAGUCAAAGGAAAACAAGGAUGAUGAAAAGCCUCAGAUGUCUGAACGUGAAAAGAAGAGGCUAACUAUUGAGGAGACACGAAAAUCUCUUCCGAUAUACCCGUUCCGAGACGAGCUCCUUAGGGCUAUAGAAGACCACCAGGUAUUAAUUGUGGAAGGUGAAACCGGCUCAGGAAAAACAACACAAAUUCCGCAAUACCUUUAUGAGGCUGGCUACACCCGCAAUAAAUUGAAAAUAGGCUGUACACAACCGAGGCGAGUUGCCGCAAUGAGUGUUGCUGCGAGAGUCGCAGAAGAGAUGGGCGUAAAACUUGGAAAUGAAGUUGGCUACUCGAUUCGAUUUGAGGACUGCACCUCGGAGCGAACUGUUGUUAAGUACAUGACUGACGGUAUGUUAUUACGAGAGUUCCUUGGAGAGCCCGACCUCGAGGGGUACGCGUGCCUUAUUAUUGAUGAGGCUCAUGAACGGACAUUACAUACCGACAUCUUAUUCGGCCUAGUUAAAGACAUCGCUCGUUUUCGGUCCGAUCUUAAGUUGAUUAUAUCUUCAGCAACACUGGAUGCUGCGAAGUUCUCAGAAUUUUUCGACGACGCACCGAUAUUUAAAAUUCCCGGUCGCCGCUUCCCUGUCGAUAUUUAUUACACGAAGGCGCCAGAAGCAGAUUAUAUUGACGCGGCAGUUGUAACUGUUUUGCAGAUACAUAUUACUCAGCCUCUGGGUGAUAUUCUCGUAUUUCUUACUGGUCAAGAAGAGAUCGAAGCGUGCCAAGAACUUCUAACAGAACGAACACGCAAACUAGGCUCGAAGAUCAAGGAGCUUGUGAUACUGCCAAUUUACGCCAAUCUGCCUUCCGACAUGCAGGCAAAAAUCUUCGAGCCCACACCUCCUGGUGGUCGCAAGGUCAUCCUUGCCACGAAUAUUGCAGAAACCUCGCUUACCAUUGACGGCAUCAUUUAUGUUAUCGACCCCGGCUUCUGUAAAGAAAACAGCUACAACGCUCGAACUGGUAUGGACUCACUUAUCGUUACCCCGAUCUCGCAAGCGUCCGCUAAACAACGCUCGGGACGAGCCGGUCGAGUGGCCGCUGGCAAAUGUUUUCGAUUGUAUACAGCAUGGGCAUAUGAACAUGAACUGGAGGAAAAUACGGUGCCAGAAAUACAGCGGGUCAAUUUGGGCAACGUGGUCCUAAUGCUAAAGUCGCUUGGCAUUCACGACCUUCUCAAUUUCGAUUUUCUUGAUCCUCCACCGCAUCAAUCAUUGAUAAUUGCCCUCGAACAGUUAUACGCACUUGGGGCACUGAAUCACCUUGGGGAGCUGACGAAACUAGGGCGUCGCAUGGCCGAAUUUCCCGUCGAUCCAAUGAUGGCAAAAAUGAUUCUAGCCAGCGAGAAAUACCGGUGCUCGGAUGAAAUCCUUUCAGUAUCGGCGAUGCUGUCCGUUAACUCGGCGAUAUUUUAUCGGCCGAAGGAUAAGGCAUUACAUGCGGACAAUGCACGAAAAAAUUUUCAUGAUCCUGCUGGGGACCAUUUGACCUUGCUAGCUGUGUACAACCAAUGGGUACAAUCCGGCUUUUCAAAACAAUGGUGCUAUGAAAAUUAUAUUCAGUAUCGGUCCAUGAGGAGAGCACAAGAUGUUAGGGGUCAAUUGGAAGGACUUAUAGAGAGAGUGGAGAUUCCAUUGCUAAGCUGCGAAGGAGAUUCGGUCGCUGUUCGUAAAGCUAUAACCGCCGGCUACUUUUAUCAUGCCGUCACUCUGUCGAAGAACGGCCAUUACAAAAUGGUAAAACACAACCAGACAGUUAUGAUGCAUCCGAACUCAGCCUUGUUCGAAGACUUGCCGAAAUGGCUGAUUUACCACGAGGUUGUGUUUACCACUAAAGAAUAUAUGCGACAGGUAAUUCAGAUCGAUAACAAGUGGAUUUUCGAAGUGGCACCGCACUAUUACAAGGAGCAGGACCUUGAAGAGCGAAAGAUGCCAAAGAAGAAUUGAGAUAUAUUCGCUUGCUGAUGUAAAUAUUUUUCGUAGAGUACUCCAGUGCAGCUGGGACAGUAUUCUUUUGCAACUGAUACAAAACAUGUACAUAAUGUAAGUAAAUGUAAUUUGAUUUAAAUGUUGUAAAUAUAAAAAGAAAGUAGUUGCUGUACUCGGACCUUAGGGUUCUUACUGUUGUAUGCUGUAUUUACUGACUUAGUAGUGUUUUCUGUAACUUUCUGCCUUUAUACAGAGUACGAUCGUCGACGUAUACGAUAAGAAUACUAUCAUUACAUGCGUAUAAGCUAGACAUAUUUGCAUAAUCUACGAUCAUUACAGAGGGCUUCUGUCCUUCUUAGCUGUUUCGCGCGCGCUAUGGAUUCUACGGAAGAAGGUGACGAAUUUCGUAACAUGUGCACUUGGGCAAAAAAUUUCAAAGCUGUUGUUGCGAAAGAACUACAGGGGCGGUAUAGCAAGCAUGCCCAUAAGGUUUCUGCUCAUUGUGGUCAAGUCUGAUGUAUAAAUGAAAAAAAAACAUGCAUCUUUUUAGAGAAUAGCGGCUAUCAAGGUAUUUCGGUCCUCAACGACCUGAUCAUUGUUCCAGCAGAGGAUUCUAUGGGGUGGUCAAAUGGGGCGUUUGCGGAUAAGUAGUUUCAUAUUAGAGUGCUGUGAAACGCAAAAGAUUUUUUAAUCACACAAUAAAUUACAGAAAAUGAGAACAUACUACAGAAUUUGCCAGUUGCCGAACGCGCAGGCGCCAUUUUCAAAAAUCGUGAAAUGACGACAAUAUCCUCACAGAGACAAUGUUCGUAUUUCUAGAAAAGGAUCUCCUCUUCUAUCAGAAAGCGAUUCAUCGCGAUUAGAUUAAAAAUCUACGAUACUGUAAAUAGGCGAAGUCAACAAGCAUCAUAAGCAGCAAACACGUUGUAGAAAUAAACAUAAGUUGACAAAUUGUCUUUGAAAAAUAUAUUCUGAAAGCUUAGUGACAAAUAAUAAACCUACAAUUGAGUAAAUAAAAGCCUUCGUUUAAAAAGUGGC